GGAAGUUAGACACAUCGCGCAAAUGUUUGCCGUAGAUGGGGAUUCCCUUCGACGCAUCACCGAUCACUUUGUGCAAGAGAUGGAAAAAGGACUGGGAAACUCCGACAGCGACAUUCCAAUGAACGUAACCUGGGUAACCAGCUGCCCGACCGGCCACGAAACAGGCCAAUACCUCACCGUCGACAUGGGCGGGACCAACAUCCGCGUCUGCCAGGUGAUCCUAACAGAAGAAAAAGGCGGAUCCGAAAUCACCCAGAGCAAAUUCAAAUUACCUGGGGAGUUGAAGACCGGCAAUGCGGAUGAUCUCUGGAGAUACAUUGCCGACCGGGUGGCGGAUUUCCUGCGAGAACAUGAUCUGGCUCGUCCGGACGAGAAACUGCCACUAGCGUUUACGUUCUCCUAUCCGGUGAUGCAGGAUCAUAUCCGACAUGGUGUGUUGCAGCGCUGGACGAAGGGAUUUGAUAUUGCUGGGGUGGAGGGGGAAGAUGUUGUUGCGCAACUGGAGGGUGCGUUCGAGGCGAGGAAUCUGCCGGUGCAUAUUGUUGCCUUGGUCAACGAUACCACCGGGACGUUGAUCGCGUCGGCAUACAAAGAUCCUGAGAUUAAAAUAGGGAGUAUCUUCGGCACGGGGUGCAAUGCAGCGUAUAUGGAAAAGUGUGGACGGGUGCCGAAGAUUGCAGAGCAUAAUCUGCCCCCUGAUCAACUGGUGGCUAUAAAUACAGAGUAUGGAGCAUUCGAUAACAGUCAUAAGAUUCUUCCGCGGUGUCAAUUCGACUUGGAAAUCGACCGGGCUUCGCCGCGACCGGGCCAGCAGACAUAUGAGAAAAUGGUGGCUGGUCUGUAUGUCGGGGAAAUUGUACGGCUGAUCAUCGUCCAUCUGCAUGAGAAGGUGGGAUUCCUGGAUGGAGGCGACCUCAGUCGUCUCCGAGAUACCCAUUCCAUGGAGUCAUCCUGCGUAUCGAAGAUGGAAGAGGAUGGGUCGUCGGAGGAUAGCGCGAUGGCGGAGACACGCACCUUUCUCAACGAGGAGUUUGGUAUCGAGCCGACACUGGAGGAGCUGCGAGUGUGUUGCCUCCUGGGAGAGAUUGUGUGUAAGCGUGCGGCCAGAUUGUAUGCUUGUGGUAUUGCCGCGAUCUGCAAAAAGGAGGGCAUCCGACAAGGCCGAGUUGGAGUGGACGGAUCAACGUUCGAAAAACUCUUCCGGUUUAAGGAACGUGCGGUGGCUGCUUUGCGGGAGAUUCUCGAGUGGCCGGAAGGUGAGGAUUUGGUGUCGUUUGUUCCGGCGGAGGAUGGCUCGGGCAUUGGUGCGGCUUUGAUUGCGGCGUUGUCUGGGAAGGACUAGCCUCAUAUGUGUUAUGAAUCACGAUAGAUGUUUAAUAAAAGCAUACGGU